AUGUGCCCAGCGGUGCUUGCCUCUGAUCAGAAGGCGUUAAAUCUGAUUGUGCUAGCAAUAGACUCCGAGCAGCAUCACGUAAUUGAAGAUGCAGAAGGAGGACUCCAAGCAUGGAUAAAAUUGCGGGAACAUCACAUCCCAAAUAACUUGUGGGCGCGUACACGAGCAAAGCGUCGUUUGAAUGCACUGAAGCUUGAGUCAGGCGAUUCAAUGCAGAAACAUCUGCAAAAGAUUUCUGAAAGCGUCCAUGAAUUAAAUCAAAUGGGCGCGAAAGUUAGUGAAGAGGAAGUCGUGAGCCUCAUCCUAACUAGUCUCAACGAAGAUUACGACAAUUUAAUCAUCGGUUUGAAUACGUGGGAAUCGAGCAAGUUGUCAUUAAAAAUCGUGCACAGCCUGUUAAUUGAAGAAUCAAACAGAAAAAAGGAAAAAGAAGGCAUUGAAAGACAAACAGCCCUAAAUGCACGCAGACAAUAUGAACGCUUUGGAGAUGAACGAUUCUUGAAAAGCAAUUUUGGAACAAAAGGAGCUUAUGGAGGUCAAUCAACCUCACGCAAUUGGGCGAACGAACGCCAAAACAAUGAAAAAACUUUUGAAUUUCAAAAGAAUAUUUUUCAAAGGCCGGAAAAAACUUGCUUUAAGUGUAACAGGCCCGGUCAUGUAGCCCGUGAAUGUCAAACAUUCAAGCCAAGGGCACAUUACGUUGGAGCAGCUUUAGCCGCUAGAUUAGGCGAUAAAGUUGUUGAGAAAGGAAAACGAGCUUCGGUCAAGAAAGAAGAGGAAGCUGACAGUGAUUAUGAAUUGUUAAUUAAUGAAGUUUAUCACUUGGAGAGGGAGAAGAAAAGUUUGAAAUAA